GAGCCCGAACAUGGGGAUGCUGGCUCCCGAUUGGCUGAAGAGAGUGAGCCAAGGGGGAACAUUCCAGAAGCGUCCUUCCGCCAAAUAAUAUAUACGGGCGAGGUUCCUCUCGUGCUUUAGUCUUAUUACGAACUCAGGAAAGAAAGUUUUCAGAACAACAAAAUGGCUAAGGCACCCGCAGUUGGUAUCGAUCUUGGAACCACCUACUCCUGCGUCGGAGUAUUCCAGCAUGGAAAGGUCGAAAUUAUCGCUAAUGACCAAGGAAACAGAACAACCCCUAGCUAUGUGGCGUUCACCGACACUGAGCGUCUCAUCGGUGAUGCCGCUAAAAACCAAGUUGCCAUGAAUCCCAACAACACAAUUUUCGAUGCCAAACGAUUGAUUGGUCGUCGCUUCGAGGAUCUAACCGUCCAAGCAGACAUGAAGCAUUGGCCCUUCAAUGUCGUCAGUGACGGCGGUAAACCGAAAAUUGAAGUACAGUACAAAGGAGAAUCGAAGACUUUCUUCCCCGAAGAAGUGAGCUCAAUGGUCCUGGUAAAGAUGAAGGAAACUGCCGAAGCUUAUCUUGGCAAGACCGUCACCAAUGCCGUGAUCACUGUUCCUGCUUAUUUCAACGACUCACAACGUCAGGCAACUAAAGACUCGGGAACCAUCUCAGGCCUGAACGUACUACGAAUCAUCAACGAACCCACCGCUGCCGCUAUUGCAUACGGUCUUGACAAGAAAGCCGUUGGCGAACGAAACGUCCUCAUUUUCGAUCUUGGUGGCGGCACCUUUGAUGUUUCCAUUCUUACGAUCGAGGAUGGAAUCUUUGAGGUGAAAUCUACUGCCGGAGACACCCAUCUGGGAGGAGAGGACUUUGACAACCGUAUGGUCAACCACUUUGUUCAAGAAUUCAAGCGAAAGUACAAGAAGGAUCUCACCCAGAACAAACGAGCCCUUCGACGUCUCAGGACCGCUUGCGAGAGGGCGAAGAGAACACUUUCCUCAUCAACCCAGGCCAGCAUUGAGAUUGAUUCACUCUUUGAGGGAAUUGACUUCUACACCUCCAUCACAAGAGCGCGUUUCGAAGAGCUGUGCGCUGACCUUUUCCGUGGCACCCUUGAACCCGUUGAGAAGUCGCUCCGUGAUGCAAAGAUGGACAAGUCCCAGAUCCACGACAUCGUCUUAGUCGGUGGGUCCACCCGUAUCCCGAAGAUUCAAAAACUCCUUCAAGACUUCUUCAAUGGAAAAGAACUCAACAAAUCCAUUAACCCUGACGAGGCUGUAGCCUACGGUGCAGCUGUACAAGCUGCUAUCCUCCAUGGAGAUAAGUCUGAGGAAGUACAAGACCUUCUUCUUUUGGAUGUCACUCCACUUUCACUUGGUAUUGAAACGGCUGGUGGUGUCAUGACAGCUCUCAUCAAGCGUAAUACAACCAUUCCCACCAAACAAACGCAGACCUUCACUACAUACGCCGACAACCAGCCUGGUGUAUUGAUCCAGGUCUACGAAGGUGAACGAGCCAUGACUAAGGACAACAACCUUCUUGGAAAGUUCGAACUUAGUGGAAUUCCACCUGCUCCCCGAGGCGUUCCUCAAAUUGAAGUAACCUUUGACAUCGAUGCCAAUGGUAUCCUUAACGUCUCUGCGGUUGACAAGUCAACUGGAAAGGAAAAUAAGAUCACUAUUACUAACGACAAGGGUCGUCUCAGCAAGGAAGAUAUUGAGAGGAUGGUCAACGAAGCUGAAAAAUACCGCAGCGAAGAUGAGAAACAGAAGGAAACCAUCUCAGCUAAGAAUGGUCUAGAGUCUUACUGCUUCAAUAUGAAGAGCACAGUAGAGGACGAGAAACUCAAGGACAAACUGAGCGCAAGCGAUAAGCAGGUUGUUCUCGACAAAUGCAACGACAUCAUCAAGUGGCUCGACGCCAACCAGUUGGCUGACAAAGAAGAAUACGAACAUAAACAAAAAGAGUUGGAAAGCAUCUGCAAUCCCAUCGUGACCAAGCUCUACCAAGGCGCAGGCGGAGUCCCCGGAGGAAUGCCUGGUGGCUUCCCAGGAGCUGGUGGUGCUGCUCCCGGAGCCGGUGGUGCAGCUCCAGGUGCUGGUGGAGCAUCCGGACCUACCAUCGAAGAAGUCGAUUAAACCCACAUCUCAGUUUUCACUGGACACUGCCUUGAAUUUGCUCCACUUGUGGAUACCGGGGAAUAAAUAAACGAACAUGCAAGAAUUAGAA